AUGUGUGGUUUGGAGACGCUCACACUAAGAUUCGUGGAUGUAGGGAAGGAGGACAUGCAGAGGGCGGAGUUUUCUGCUUUGUCCCUCCGCGGAUACCGUAGUGAAUGAUGGUCCGCGGGGAUCAAGUUGAAGGUGACAGGCAGUGCCAUGCCGGGAUUUUUGCGUUUUUCACCGUUCACCGUGCUUGCUGCUGCUCUUGACGGGGAGAAAGAGCCAGCGGCUGCCCCAUUAAACCUGGACGAACUGUCUCUGUACACCGCUCCCCAGGAGAAGUUUCGGUACGUCGAGGACAAAUCGGGGCAGUUGGAGGAGAGUGUCGCCAACCUCAGGAAGUUAGCGGAGCCGUAUACUGCUUGGUGUCAGGCCACCUAUGAGAAAAUUAAACCCAAAGUUCAGGGGGUCGUCCAGUUUGGGAAUGACGCCUACGUCUACCUGAAGAACCCCCCGAAGGACUUCUACCCCCGGGCGGGAGUCAUCGGCUUCACCGGAGUUCUUGGGUUGGUACUUGCCAGAGGCUCCAGGAUUAAGAAACUCUUCUAUCCGACCGGCCUGAUGACCCUGAGCGCCUCCCUCUACUACCCGGAGCAGGCUGCAGCCAUCGCAAAGUCAACCGGAGACUCCGUGUACGACUUGGCCGUGCAGAGCUACGCUGUGGCGGAGAAAAUGCUGAACCCCCAGAGUAAAGCUGAAAAGGGCAGCGACUCCGAGACCAAACAGUGACCACGCCGGCGUGACUGCAGUAACUCAGCAAUAACCAAUCACACAGCAGCUUUAUCCUGAUACUGUACACUGGGCGCUUUCUAGACAGUGUGACUUUCUCAUGCCCACUCUUUGCACGCAGCUUCACGUGCAACUCAGGCCGGGCAUGGGCCGGUACGGGGGGCGGGGGAUUUGCAACUUGAAUGACUUCCUUGCGAUUUGAAUGUGUAUUUAUGUAGAGAUAAAGCAGUGUCUUACAUUAAAGUCGUUUUACCGCCUUA